AGCAUGCUUGAUCUGCAACAUGCUUGUACUGAAUGUGUUGGUGGGUUUAAAAAGGACUUGCAGUACAGACUACACAUCAUAUCUGUUUUACCCAAAGACACGCAAUGAGAAGUCUUGGCUUUGUUUUGCUUUUACUUGCAGCUAUCAUGGUAACAACAGGCUCAGCUCAAGGUGGAAUAGGAAUGUGUUGUCGCAAAAUUUCAGGAACUGAAAUCAGUCAAGAGCUGCUUAAGAGAUACUACAUACAACAGAAACCACCAUGCCCUCUACGUGCAGUGGUUUUUAUCACUUGGAGAGGAAGAAGGAUCUGCUCUGACCCCAACAGUCUGUGGACAAAGACCAGCAUGGCCUUCAUAGAUGAAAGAUGAAAAGAACUGGCGACUCCAACGUAUAGCUUACACCACCAGCACUGAGACAAUAUUCACCUUCACACAAAAGCCCAGCGCUAUUGAAACUAAAAUAAAAAUGCCAUAACUCUCAGUUUAACUUCUACUCUUCUCAGUACUGUUCUUUUUUCUUCAACUGAGUUCCACAGACUUUGAAUGAUUUCCUA